AUGUACGCACAUCUCAUAGCGGAUUGCCAGAGGAAGCACGCCCCUGCCAACUGGGAUGCGUUCAAGAUUUCACAAUCCCCCAGUCAUCACCAUUGCGGAUUGCCAUUUCUCAAGGGCAACACAGAUUCCGUGUCGGUUGACGAUAGCGCAUCAGUGUCAACCAACAGCGCCUACUUCACAGACAAUCCAACGGUGAAAGCUAAGCGUGACGAUGGUAAGGUCGAUUAUGUCCUAGUGAUGGAUACGUCAAGGUCAGCAAAGCUCCAGCAAGUAAUACUCCGUGUUGCUAGUCAAGACGGCGGUGUCAAACAAGCUAUCGCCCCGCUGAACAGAGCCCGAUCGCUGUUUCCAUUGAAACGAAGCCAGAGAUGCCACAGCAAGACCCUUUAUACCAACUUAGUAUUCAGGCUGCCGCCCGGCACCAACAUAUGUACACCCUCCCACUCGGCCCUAGGCAUUACUGGUUCUGGUGGCGCUGGUGGUGUUAGUCCGCUGCGUCUGCCACUUGUCCAGGUUGUCGGGCAUGUAUGCGUAUUUGGGUCCAUGACCAUCGGUAAUACGGAGGACGGGGUCUCGACCCAUGUCCUACUUGCGUUGUUACAGGCUCUGAAGAACUGGGUCGAAGGCACGUCCCAGGAAGCCAUGAAGAAGUGGUUGUGGUUGAGGAUUCAUCUACGGGCACAUCGGAAGCCCCCUCGUCUUUGA